AUGACUUUUCAAAAUAUUAAUAUAGAAGAGGAACUUGAAGAUCCACAAAUUAAAGAUUGGAGUUGGUUGUGGACUGAUUACAAAUACAGAUGGAAUCCUACUUUAAGAACAGGUGCUGAAUUCAACAGGCACCUCAUCAGCACCUAUGGUGCAUCAUUCAUACAUUGUCUCAAUGAAGCGUCUUCAAAGAGUUUAGAGAAACUAUUUAAGAUUAAUCUGAAAUCGACUAUCGAGAAAAAACUUGAACGUAAUUCCCAUCCGAUUGGACUUGUUAUGGGAGCACCGGGUAUCGGAAAAACUCAAUUUCUUUUAGAAUGUGUUGACCAUAUCCAGUAUAAUGAUCUGGAGCUCUUGGAAAACUAUUUAGUUGACCUUUUAUUGCAUGCUAUUUUUGCAGAUCCAGUACGUAGGUUUGAUAAUUUUGUUGCUGAUUUAACUGGUGCUGGCAAUCAAAAUAGCAAAGCGUCUUCAAAGAGUUUAGAGAAACUAUUUAAGAUUAAUCUGAAAUCGACUAUCGAGAAAAAACUUGAACGUAAUUCCCAUCCGAUUGGACUUGUUAUGGGAGCACCGGGUAUCGGAAAAACUCGAUUUCUUUUAGAAUGUGUUGACCAUAUUCAGUAUAAUUAUCCUGAGCUCUUAGAAAACUAUUUAGUUGACCUUGUUAUUAUUACCUUUAAUUUUCCAUACCAUUGGGAUAAAAAUCAAGAUUCCGAUGCCUGCUUGGGUUUUCAGUUAUUGCAUGCUAUUUUUGCAGAUCCAGUACGUAGGUUUGAUAAUUUUGUUGCUGAUUUAACUGGUGCUGGUUCGAAUAAUGUCCAUAUGACACUUGAAAAGGCAAUCAAAAUAGCAUGUAAAGGUUUGGGUGUCCUGGAUACAGAUAACUGGCUUAUAGUAGUAGCCAUUGACGAAUUCGAUCAAAUCUUAGAUAGAUUUGAGGGUGACACUGGCCGCAAAUUUCUAUCUGAGUUAAUUAAAGUUCUUGGUGUGGUUGUAUGUCAACCACCUACACAAACCACUGUGAUAGGAUUACUGGCAGGAACAAUGGCAACGACUAUGAAUGCUAUAUUCCGUGAAUCAUAUCAUGAGACGAUGUCCGUGCGUCUUUCUCCACUCAACAGAAUUGAGAGAAGAAAGAUUUUGUCAUCGUUGGAUAAAUUUCCACAAAAUUGGGAGACAUGUCAAAAGUUCAGGGAUUCUUUAGCUGAUGUUGGAG